AUGUGGCUGUUUCUGGUAAUGGCAUCCUUAAUCCAGCAGAGUACAAAUUCAGAAGAAUCUUUCAGCAGAAGACAUUUGAAUCCUGAAGGAUUCAUGACAAUCGCUGAAAUCAUCGAAUAUUGGGGAUAUCCCAGUGAAGAGUAUGAAGUUCUGACUGAUGAUGGCUAUUACCUUCAUCUAAACAGAAUUCCUUAUGGAAAACACUGUCUGGAGAAUCCAGGGCCUAGACCAAUCGUUUUAUUGGUACAUGGUUUGAUGAUUGAAGGGAGAUGUUGGAUUGCAAAUCUUCCUAGCAACAGCCUGGGAUUUUUUCUGGCAGAUGCUGGCUAUGAUGUCUGGAUAAUAAAUAACAGAGGGACAUCUUGGUCUAGAAGACACCAGGAGUUUUCGAUUGACCAGCAAGAAUUCUGGGAAUUCAGUUUUCACGAAAUGGCAAUUUAUGAUAUACCAGCAACAAUAAACUUCAUCCUACAGAAAACAAAACAAGACUGUUUGUAUUAUAUUGGCCAUUCCCAAGGAGCAGCAUUAGGUCUAGGAGCUGGUUCAGACAGUGGUG